GACGUAACGUAGACGUAGACUCGAAGCGAGAUUAGAAAAGUGCCAGCUCCGAGUUCGGGAUGAAAAUUUACAUAUAAUUUAGCAUGCUUGAUUGAUGACCCUCAUCUAGGUCAAGGUCUAGUUUGAGGAUACUUGUUUAAUCUUCUUAAGAAAAUGGACGACGAAGAGGAGAUAAACUUGGAAGAUACUUUUGAUAUCACGCACGAGCUUGAAAAUCCCAAUUCACCGUUUGCAAAUAGCGACAGGGAACGGGAAUGUAACGCUGAAGCACCGGGGAUCGGCCCCGAUCUUCUUCUGGUGGAUGGGUACAAAUCGGAGACGGAGGAUGAGUCGCUCGGGAUGUCCUCUGACAUUUCUGAUCAAACAAGAACCGAAGAAAGCAGAACAUUUCUACAGAGUAUUGGAGUCGGUGUUGUGUUUAUUCAGUGUUAUUUUGUGACCAUUGCCUGCAUCUUGGGGACUGGAAUUCUUGGAUUACCAGUGACUCUAUCUCAUUCUGGAUUCCUUCCAUUUUUGAUCUCCUUUCUGAUUGGAUUUGUUGUUCAGGCACUGCUUAUCUACUUUUUCAUUGAUGUUCUACAGAGAGCGCACGCAUACGACAUUGAAAAACAUAAAUGUCUGAGUUUUGAAGAGCAGCAAGUCCCACUCACUAAUCUGACUGACGAUGAAGAAUCCAUCCAUGGUUCUUCAAAAGCAAGGCAUUCUCACCUUAGUAUAGCUAGGAAAGUGGCCAAACCAAACCUUCAUAUGAUGGGAACAUUGUUUCUUGGACGGGGUCUCAGCCAAGCAUUUGACAUCAUUCUCCUCUUACAGUUUGUUUCAAUCCUAAUCAGCUAUGCACUGGCUGGGAGUGAAGCCUAUGCACAACUCUUUCAUAUUGAAAAAUACCUCUACAUCAUCCCAGCUUUUGUUUGGAUUCUGUCUGGGAGCAUAGUGUUUGCUCAACGGAUCAUCCAGCCUGUAGUCUCCCUGUUCACACUGGCCAAAGGUGGUCUCCUUGUCGCAACGGUUGUGGUAACAUUUGGUGUUGGCUCGGCAGUAGGCAAUACUAUAAGCAAUGACUUUCACUAUAUGGGGUCGCCUUUCCUGAUGGGAACCGUAGCAUUAGGGGGUGUGUGCAAUGUGAUGCCAAUGAUGUACAGCAGAAUAGCAUAUUCUAGAAAACAGAUCUCUUUAUUCUGGUGGACCGUGUUUGCAGGUCUUGCUACGUGUAUGAUCCUCAAUGUGUUGUGGUGAGCUUUGAAUUACAUGUAAUAUUCUAUUUUUCCUCGUACCAAGGCAUAAUAAUUAAACUCAUGAAUGUACAAUUUAGAUAACCAAAUAAAAAUUGGCUUGAAACUUUUU